CGCUGAUAGAAAUUAAAAAAUUUUCAAUUUAAAUUUCGUUAAUUCUCGGUGAAUUGCAUAGAUUUGAUUAAUUACAUCCUGUGAAUAGCAUAGAUAACAGCAUAAAGCAUCGAUUGCAAAUAAAGUAAUAGUGAAGUGCCUCGAAUAAAGCUAUUAAAAGACGUUUUUUGAUAAUGCUAACAUGGAGAAAUUUUAAAAUUACUAUAUUAUUUGAUAUUGUAUAACAACAAAAAUUUAAAAGAAAUAGAAGAAAAAGUCGUGUGAGAAAAAGACAAGACAAAACAGCACUAAGAGGUCAUGGAUGAUCAUAAUUUUAUGCUUUGGUCUGAUCGUGGACACGAAGAGCCAAAUUAUGAUGAUAUUAUCGAAAAUGAUACAGAAAUCGAUGAUUUAAAUGAAUUAAUAGAAGAGCAAGUUGAGGGAUAUGAAGAAGUCAAUAUAUUAGAAGAUAAUUCAAAUGGAGACGAUGAUACUUAUUAUAUCGACGAGGAUAUAAUGCCAGAAAAGUAUGAUUCACAAGAAAACUUAAUCUACCUCACAGAUGAUGGAAUAAUUAGUAAAAGUUCACAAAUUGGUGUCGGUAUGAGCCAUUUAAUUGAACAGAGAGUACAGGAAGCAGAAUCUAAAAUUAUUGGCGAUCAAGAUGCACAAGAAGAAUAUACAGCAGAGGUAAUAACAGAAGAAGAUUGGAUACAAUCUCAGGGUGAAGAAAUUGUGCCUGUUGCAAUGGAACAAAUUGUAUCGUCUGAAAAUUAUCCAGAAGAUGAUGUUGUGCCAUUACAAACAGACGAAUAUACAACACAACGACCAUAUCCAUGUGACUUUUGUAGUCGUCGGUUUCGUAAAAAAGCCAAUCUACAGAAUCAUAUGAUUGCACAUCAAAAUGUUCGUCCACAUAUGUGUAAUUUGUGUGGAUCACGUUAUGUAAGGAAGUGUGAUUUAAUUAAUCAUUUGAAAAUUCAUGCAUACAACAUUGAAGAUGAACAAUUGGCUGGUCCAAGUACAAGUGGUAAAAAGAGACCACCAAAAUACGAUGAUUUAGCAUUCUUUAGUGAAUCAUAUGAUGAUCUACCAGACGACGACGACGAUUUCGAUUACAAUCAUUACUCUAAACCAACAACAAAGCCAUUGCCAAAAGUUACGAAACAAAGUUCAAAAGCAUCAACAAGUAAAAAGUCUUCAGCUAAGAAAGGAAAAACAUUUCCAACUAAAUUCGAGAGGAUCACAAAGGAAAAGCCAGUUCAUGUCUCAAAUUUUACAAUAAGCAAUACACCAAGCAUUGUUAAAAAGGAAGAUUAUGUUGAGAAAUAUCCAAUUAUAGAUCCAAGAAAGCCUUUUGUCUGUCAAAAUUGUGGUGUAGGAUUUACACGAGAAAAAGCAUUAGAAUCACACAGUAAACAUGCUCAUGCCAAUUUGGAUCCAACGCACGACUGUGAAAUUUGUGGAGAUUCCUUCUUUGACAGUACAUCACUCGAAGAGCACUUGGAAUUACGACAUAAUUAUUCAUCUAGAGUACGUAAAAGUGGUGGAAAGACAACAAGCGGUGGUAAAGUUUUUCCUAGUCGUGCAGCUCAAAUGAUGGAUUUUGAGGAUAGUGAUAAUUCCGAGUAUGAGCCAGAAAAGGAUUUAGACUAUGACGAGGAUUUCGAAGAUGAUGGUGAUCAUUGCUGCGAUAAAUGUGAUAUGGCAUUUAAGAAUGCUGAAGGUUUAAAGCGCCACAUAAAGACACAUUUUAUAAAAUCAGAAAUUAUGUCUGAUGAUGAAGGACCAGUCAAAACAGAAUUAACUAAUUUGGGUUGUAAUGUUUGCGGAGAGAGCUUUACAGAAGCAUUAGACUUAUUAGCUCACGCAGAAAUUCAUGCUCGAUUUCAGCCAUUCAAAUGUUUAUUAUGUGGUGAGACAUUCUUUGAAGAGAACAAGAUCAAAAUGCAUCUUAUGGAAAAUCAUCGCGAUGAAAUGACUGAAUCGUCAUGUAAGCUAUGCGGUAAGCAAUGUCGUGAUCAACGAUCAUUAAUUAAGCAUUCAUGGGAACAUUCACGUGAAAAGAAUCAUUCAUGCUCAAAAUGUGGAAAGACAUUCCAUAAUAAGGCACGAUUGAAACGUCAUAUUGCAUCGCACAGGAACAAGAGUGUAGUUUGUGAAAUCUGCCAAGAAGAAUUCUCUGACGGUCGACAGCUCAUGAAUCAUCGUCAUUCUCAUACCAAGUCUAAUCAAUUUCCAUGUACUGAAUGUGGCAAAACUUUUGGAUCUAGAAGCUCACAACAAAUUCAUAUUCGAAUUCACACUGGUGAACGUCCUUAUUCCUGUCGAUUCUGUUGGAAGGCAUUUGCUGAUGGAGGAACUUUGAGAAAGCACGAACGAAUUCAUACAGGUGAAAAACCUUACUGCUGCUUGGUAUGUCCUCGUGCCUUCAAUCAACGCGUUGUUUUACGCGAGCAUAUUCGAUCACAUCACUCAGCACCAGAUCCUGUUCAUGGAACAACUCUUACGCCAUAUUAUUGCAGUCUUUGCGGUGAACUAUUUGCAGUCUCAUUGGAUCUAAUUCAUCAUUUAAUUGAGCAUAGCGAUAGAAGUACGGCUGCUAAGCGUGUCCAACCGACGGGUCCAAGAAAGUAUAAGCGACGUCGAAAGUUGAAUGAUGACGAGAUGGUGCCAGUUGAUGGAAAAUAUCCAAGAAUUCCACAAAGUAAAAUUAAGCAAGAACCAGCCGAUAUUGAGAGUAACAGUGAGAGUAGCAGUAGUCAUAAUCAAAGCAUUUUUAAUAACAAUAAUAUGAAGGGGUUAUUGACACAAUCGUUUGAAUCUUAUGUAGUGCCUGAUAGUAUAAUUGAAUUUAAGCUUCCGGAUGAAAUAUUCCAAACGGUUUCACGCGAUCGAAAGAAUGAAGAGAAGAAGCAACAACAAGUACAAACGAGUUCAAGACCGAAAAUGAUAUUUACGGAGAAAACAAGAGUUCCUGUUUUUGACGGCAAGCGCAAGUCACGGACAAUGAUCCAAAAGCAAGUUCUAAAGCAACAUCCCACCACAUCAAGAAUGGUCAGGACUAUAAAGAAGGAAGUAAAGAAUAAGCCGUCAAUAAUUCAAGAACGUUAUGCGUAUGACGAUAAAAAUACGUCUGGAAGUGAGACAUGCUCGAAUGAAGACGAUCCGAAUGAGGAUGUACUUCGUACCUUACUCAAGCGCGAACGCAAGUUGUCUGAGAAAUUUACAAUUGAUUUAGUUAAUGAUUUACAAGAUAUCCUACGAUCACCAAUCAAGACUAGUGUUGCUAUGGACGAGGAUGAUAAUCAAUAUACAGAAUUACCAAAUGCCCGACGUCGUAAUACACUAUCAAGAUAUUCAAUAAGUAUGACAAAUAACAAUGCAAAUGGAGCCAAAAAUGAUAAUAACUACGAUAAUGAUGAGGAUUCAGAAUCGGAACUAGAUAAUAUUGUUAUUAAGCAAGAAUAUGUUAAUGAUGGUCAUGUUUGUAACAUUUGUGGCUCUGCCUUCUCGUCACGAGAUCAGUUAUUAGAACAUGUAUCAAUUCAUAUUUAAGUUUUUUUUUUGAGGAACAAGCAGUUCCUUCAUUAUUAAUAUUACUUGUCAUUCUCACAUGACUACAUAGUUUUUGCUUUGUGAAAUAGAAUUAUGGAAAUGAAAAGUCAAUAACUAUAAAAUUUUUGUUACAAAUUCCUUCUUUUUUUUUGUUGAGUAAUUAAAUAAUCUUUUUUUUUCGAGGUGACUUAACUUAAAAGACCUAAUUGAACUACUUCUACUUCUCUUUUUGUAUGUUAAUUAAGUUUGAUAGCUAUAAGACUAGAUCCCAUCUCCUUAUAUGAAUUAUGAAUAAUAUGAAAUUUUUUGAGUACCGUGAAAGAAUCAUGUAAGAAAAGUGAAAAUAUGAACUAAAUAAAUUGAAAUUAUUACUUUAAGUUGAA